CACACGGAAAGCAAGGCGGAGCACACGGGCGGCCCGAGGGAUUACUUCCGGAGCGCGAGGCGGGUACUUCCGGGAGCCCGAAUCCCGAGGAUCGGCGCUACUUCGGGCGGUGGGCUCUGCGACCUGGAAACAUGCUGCUUCGAGCCGCAUGGAGGCGGGCCGCUCCGGCUGCGGCCGCCGUGCAGGGGCUGAGGCCUGCGGACCCCACCCGGGGGCUGCGCCUGCGCGUUGUAGAUAAUGCUCCCCAGUCUACUAUUCCCUCAGACACAGCUGCUGCCCCUGAGGCAGAGUCAGUGCUGCGACCUCUCUAUAUGGAUGUGCAAGCUACGACUCCUUUGGACCCUCGGGUACUCGAUGCCAUGCUCCCUUACUUCCUCCAUUACUAUGGGAACCCACACUCUCGGACUCAUGCUUAUGGCUGGGAAAGUGAGGCGGCUAUGGAACAUGCUCGAGAGCAAGUAGCUUCUCUGAUUGGAGCUGAUCCUCGUGAGAUCAUUUUUACUAGUGGAGCUACUGAAUCCAACAAUAUAGCAAUUAAGGGUGUAGCUAGGUUCUAUAGGUCACGGAAAAAGCACCUGAUCACUACCCAGACAGAACACAAGUGUGUCUUGGACUCCUGUCGUUCACUGGAAGCUGAAGGCUUUCGAGUCACUUACCUCCCAGUGCAGAAGACUGGGAUCAUCGACUUAAAGGAAUUAGAGGCUGCCAUUCAGCCAGAUACUAGCCUGGUCUCAGUUAUGACUGUGAACAAUGAGAUUGGAGUGAAACAGCCAAUUGCUGAAAUAGGGCAGAUUUGCAGUUCCAGAAAGGUGUACUUCCAUACUGAUGCAGCCCAAGCUGUUGGUAAAAUUCCAGUUGAUGUCAAUGACAUGAAAAUUGAUCUCAUGAGCAUUAGUGGUCACAAAAUCUAUGGUCCUAAAGGCGUUGGUGCCAUCUAUAUCCGCCGCCGGCCCCGAGUGCGUGUGGAAGCCCUGCAGAGUGGAGGGGGGCAGGAGCGGGGUAUGCGGUCUGGGACAGUGCCCACCCCCUUGGUGGUGGGACUUGGGGCUGCGUGUGAGGUGGCACAGCAAGAAAUGGAGUAUGAUCACAAGCGGAUCUCAAAGUUAUCAGAGCGGCUGAUACAGAAGAUAAUGAAGAGCCUUCCAGAUGUGGUGAUGAAUGGCGACCCUGAACAGCACUACCCAGGCUGUGUCAACCUCUCCUUUGCAUAUGUGGAAGGAGAGAGUCUGCUGAUGGCACUCAAGGAUGUUGCCUUAUCCUCAGGGAGUGCCUGCACCUCUGCCUCCCUGGAGCCUUCAUAUGUCCUUAGAGCAAUUGGCACUGAUGAGGACUUAGCACAUUCUUCUAUCAGGUUUGGGAUUGGCCGCUUUACUACAGAGGAGGAAGUGGACUACACUGUGGAGAAAUGUAUUCAACACGUGAAACGUCUUAGAGAAAUGAGUCCUCUCUGGGAGAUGGUGCAGGAUGGCAUUGACCUCAAGAGCAUCAAGUGGACUCAGCAUUAGAAGUCUUUAUGCUGGCUUUGUUCUUCCUGCCUCAUUGACCCAGGAACAGCCCAGGACCUUGCUACACCCAGUGGAUGCUCCAUAUUCAACCAAAAUGGGAAUAGCCCAGUUGACUUCAGCACAGCCAGAUUCUAUAUCAGAAAUAGAAGGACAAUAUCUUUCUCCAGCCUCAGCCCCUUUAGAGGGGAACAGUCCCCACUUUUCUGCAGGAGUCCUUCUCUGAUCAUACAGUAUAUGGACAUUUUUAUGCCGAGGCAAAAGACACAUUGCUAUGAUAUUGCUGCUGGUAUAUUUGUCCUUUGUGGGAAGAGCAAGAGAAUCUGGAGGAAGGCUCCUUGUUCAGGGAUUGUGUAUUUCUACGUGGACAUUUAAAUCAUCACUUUCUGCUGUCAGCUGGACUGGCUCCUUCUGCAACAAACAUUAUCAACGUCAGUAAUCUUUUUUUGUGUAUGUGGCUCAAAGAACAUCUCUUUAUGUUGACAGUAGUCCAACAGCAAGUUUCCUAUUACCUUUGUCUCCUUUCUGUUCUUAUCCCCUCCCUUUUUUUUGUACUUACUAGCAAUACCAAUAUCUAUGAUACCACUCAUUCUAAUAAUUUAUCUUUUUUUCUUAAAAUUUGUUUAAACACUGGAGAAAUAAAGUUACUUUCUUUGA